AUGGAAUUAAUUUUACUUAUAAUUUGUUUUCUUGUUACUAUUAUAGUUCUAUCUUUAUUUUUGGGAUUCAUAGUAUUUAGUAAAUCUCGGGCUUUUCGAAAUGAGUAUAGGCCUCAUGAACGGGCAUGUCAAAAAAUGUCAUCAUUAAAAAAUACCAAAGUACCUUCUAGUGAUGAUGUUGAAGUUGCUCGGGAUAAUUCUUCAUGUCAAAAUCCACCAUUGGAAUGUAUAAAAGUUGAAUCAUUGGAGCAUAUUGAAAAAGUAAAAUCAUCAAAUGAACCAGUUGACAUUUCUUUGUUAGAGAGCUUAGACAUUUUACAUCUUGGUAAUUUAGAUACAUUAAAAAUGCAUAGAAGUUAUUCUGAUCAAUGUUUUCAUAUAUCAUCUUACCUUAUGAAUUUUGAAUUUCAAGAUGAUAUUCAACAUCACUUAAGUUCAACGAGGAAAAACCCCCUUUCUCAACCAUCUACUAGGGGUAAACCAAAAUUAAGGAGAUUCAAUACUUUUGGAAAUAGUUCUAUAGAUUUUCAAUCCUCAUUUAUUAAAGAAUUUGAAGCUGACAUUCAAACUAGGCUAUGUUCAACUAGAAGAUCUUCAGCAUCAUCAAUUCCACAAUAUGAUUGA